CAAAAUGAAAAUGACAUUGCUUGACGUUUGAAGGUCACGCGAUAAUUUUCAAACAAAAUAAGUUUGCAUGUCUGAUAACUUUUUAGUUUAGUUGAAGCAGUAUUACUGAGAUAAAAUAACUUGAUACAAAUAUGGGUUCGCGUUUUGAAGGUGUCGAGCAGGGACCUCCAAUCGAAGUCUUCCAGCUUAACAAACUUUUUAUUGAUGACACAUUUAAAAAUAAAGUCAACUUAACAAUUGGGGCAUACAGGGAUGAAAAUGGUAAACCAUGGGUGUUGCCAGUGGUGCGCAGAACAGAAAAGCAGAUGGCAGAAGAUGAAUCCUUGCUGCAUGAAUAUCUACCAGUACUUGGCUUGGACCAGUUUACGUCUGCGUCAGUGUCAAUGUUGCUUGGAGAAGAUAACCCUGUGAUUGCCGAAGGUCGUGCAUUCGGUGUACAAACACUGUCUGGGACUGGUGGACUGCGCGUCGGAGCAGAGUUCCUUAACAAGCACCUCAAGUAUACAACAUUUUACUACUCCAAUCCGACAUGGGAGAAUCACCAUCUCGUGUUCAUGAACUCUGGUUUCACGCAACCGCGUUCGUACCGCUACUGGAACCCGGAGACUCGCGCCAUUGACUUCGAUGGUCUGAUCGCGGAUCUGAAGGGCGCACCCGAGAACUCUGUCAUCAUCCUGCACGCGUGCGCCCACAACCCCACCGGCAUAGAUCCCACACACGAGCAGUGGGAGAAAAUCGCUGACGUUAUGGAGGAACGCAAGUUGUUCCCGUUCUUCGACAGUGCAUACCAGGGUUUCGCCUCGGGAGAUCUGGACCGCGACGCCUGGGCCGUGCGUUACUUCGUCAAGCGAGGCUUCGAGCUCGUCUGCGCUCAGUCCUAUGCAAAGAACUUCGGACUUUACAACGAACGUGUGGGCAAUCUGGCCAUAGUGAUGUCGGACGCGAAGCACGUGGCGCCGUGCAAGUCGCAGCUGACGUGGAUCGUGCGCGGGAUGUACUCCAACCCGCCGGCGCACGGCGCCAGAGUCGUGGCCACCGCGCUCUCCAACAAGCAUCUCUUCGAUCAAUGGAGAGAUCACAUCAAGGCAAUGUCAUCUAGAGUCAUCGAGAUGAGAGAAGCAUUAAGAUCAGAAUUAGUCAAACUUGGCACUCCUGGCAACUGGGACCACAUAGUGAACCAGAUCGGUCUGUUCUCGUACACUGGUCUGACGCAGCGUCAGAGCGAGUACCUGAUAGAGGAGUACCACAUCUACUUGUUGCGUACGGGACGUAUCAACGUGUGCGGCCUCAACCCCGGCAACGUGCAGUACGUGGCGCGAGCCAUACACGACGCCGUCACCAAGUUCCCGGCACAACAGUAAUGUAUUUGUAUGUCUGAGGCUUGCGGUGACCGAUUUGUUUGUGUUGUCUGGAAUUGUACACUGUUCGAGACGAAACAGCAUCAUUUCGAGACCAAUUUGAUGGUAUUCGCAUCUGUACCGAUGUUACAACGUGUUUGUACCGAUGUUACAACGUGUUUGUACCGAUGUUACAACGUGUUUGUACCGAUGUUGCAACGCAUCUGUACCGAUGUUACAACGUGUUUGUACCGAUGUUACAACGUGUUUGUACCGAUGUUACAACGUGUUUGUACCGAUGUUACAACGUGUUUGUACCGAUGUUACAACGUGUUUGUACCGAUGUUACAACGUGUUUGUACCGAUGUUACAACGCAUCUGUACCGAUGUUGCAAUGCAUCUGAAUGUUUUCUAUGUUACAAGAUUGAGAUUAUUGGAAUGUGAUGUCGCAUAUUGAUAGGUCAGUAUUUUGGCUUAUAAAUUUGAAGACCUAUAAUUAAUCGAAUUUAAUAUUUGGGAAAAGUAUUAGAAAAAUAUCUCUUUAAAAUUUUUGGAUGGCUUUUAUUUUACAACAUAACAAAUCGGUCUCGUUCUUCAUAAUUGUUGUUUAUUUAUUAAUAUUUAUAAAAACUCAGCGCUUUACAUGUAAGUGAAUACCUGGCAAUAAGAACA